AAGACCUCUUGCGGGGUUUGCCGUUUCACCGCGCUGCUGACUGCUGUUGAGGAAGAAGAGAUCCUGAGUGUGUUUUUUGGCGUUCGUUAGCCCCACGAAAAAAACGCGAUUUUGGCCAACCAAAGUUCCCCGGGCCGUGAUAAUUUUAUACUAACCGAAAGCCCGAAGGUCCCGUGUUCCGGAAAGUGUACGAAUCUUGCCAGGAAGACUGUUUCAGAGCCACAAAGGAGGUUAUCGGCGCAUUUGUUUGGAACCGAUAGAAACCAGUAACAGCCCCACAGGAAGUCACAAUGUCCGGAAUUGCGAUCGCGCGUCUCGGCGAGGAGCGAAAAGCAUGGCGUAAAGAUCAUCCCUUUGGAUUCGUCGCUCGUCCUGUCAAAAACGCCGAUGGCACACUCAAUCUCAUGACGUGGGAAUGCGCUAUUCCAGGAAAGAAGGGAACCCCCUGGGAGGGUGGCCUCUACAAGCUGCGAAUGAUCUUCAAGGACGACUACCCAACCAGUCCGCCAAAGUGCAAGUUCGAACCGCCACUGUUCCACCCGAAUGUGUACCCAUCGGGAACCGUUUGUCUGUCGCUGCUGGAUGAGGAGAAGGACUGGCGUCCGGCGAUCACGAUCAAACAGAUUCUGCUCGGCAUUCAGGAUCUGCUGAACGAACCGAACAUCAAGGAUCCCGCCCAAGCGGAAGCAUACACUAUCUACUGUCAAAACCGCCUGGAGUACGAGAAACGUGUCCGGGCACAGGCCAGGGCCAUGGCUGCCACGGAGUAAGGUGUGUACCGUUUUACCGUUUAAGCUAGUGUGUGACGAACUGAGACAGUAAGAAAAUCAACUAAAAUUAAACUUGAACCGUGCGUGCUGAUCGGGGUAGUUCUGUUCUGCGGAAAAAUUGCUGGUCACCGGAAAAGUGACCGCUGGCCGGGGGGAAAGAGAACAUACAAGUACACAGUCGGGGAGUCCUUUUAAAUUAAGCAAACUGCAGCAAACAACAAACAAGAGGAUAACAAAAGAAGAUCAACCAUACUAAUUACUUUAAACAUACAUAUUAUAUGAUAAUCUUUCCACUUUUCGCAAAAAAAAACGCAACGCAAAGGAAAAGAAAACCUGCAGAUAAAUUUAUUCAAACUAUAGAUCUAAGCCACUUUUUUAAUUAUUUAGAUUUGAAAAGAAACAAAAUGGAAAAUACAGAUCACGAAGGGUCAAUAAAAAUGCAAGCCGAAAGAUGGAAUCCAUUCUCACAACCAACUCGCCUAGAGUAGAACAAA